AUGCCUGCAUACAGUGAGGAGGAUAUUGCCUCUUUACCCCCCGCCAUCAGAAGAAAGUUCUUCUCGAAUGUCGAGCGGUUGCGUAUGCGGUUAGAUCAGGAUGCCCCUGGUUGCUCCACGUCAGACCAUGCUCGAGUAUAUCGGUCGAAUAGCGCUCACGGGCCAAGCCUCCACUCGCGCGGGCUUCGAACUCCUCCCGGAAACAGGAGACGGGGGUUAGAGAAGCGGAUCACUUCACCUAAGAAAUUGCGCAAACCCGGUUCCUUGCAAUCGGCCUACUUGAUCGCCCAAGCCGACUCACAAUGCUUUCACGCUCUCCCCGCUAAGGUACAGCAAAAGCUUUUCUCUCCCGAGGAACGUCGUCGCUUGCGCCUCGCCUAUCGUGAGAGCGUCAUUCUGGACGCCGCCGACGAGGCAUUCUAUCGCGAUUCUAAUUCCCGACGACGACUGUCUACCGAUUCUUUGCCUUCUUUGCCGUCGGAGACCUCUCUUCUAUUGACCACCCCGCCUCGGUCUUUUGGGAAUCGGAUUCCAAUUCCGACUUUCCGCUGGCUCGACGGCGAUGGAGAUUUGGAUUUGUCGCUAGAUGAGUAUCAUGCGCAUAUCGCCGAUGCAGCCAUCAGAAAAGCUCCUCGCCGUCGAACCUCUUUCCGUCGUUCAUUAUCUUUUUCAACAUAUUCCUCCCCCAAGCAUCGUCAAACCGCAUCGGUGCCACCUCAGAACGCCAUCCCUCGAAGCAUCCCACCAAGCCAAUCAUUACCCCCAUUCGGUCCUCUUCUCAACCACAAUCCCUCUUCGCGUCCGGGAUCUCGCAACCAGUCCAGCCAUGCUCCUAAAUCAUCCACUUCCAGCAUGGACCCGUCCGCCCAAUAUUACCAAGAUCCCGAUGCUCGUCUGAAACUGCGCGUGUACCUUGCGUCGCCACAGAAAUUCGACGAAGCAAUUGAGUUCGGGUUUCCAGCACUGGACCAAAACAAGGAGAACAUGGCACCAGAAACCCACUCCCCUUCGAUCUCGAUGGCACAGGAAUACGCCGGGACAUUCUUCGAAGACGACGAUGGAACAAUGGUUGGAAGUCCAGGAGGUUCAGUGGUGGAAGAGCCUGCUCUAUCCAUGGCAUCCCAGAUGCGAGAAACUCCCCGUCCAUCCGUGGAUACACCAUCACUACUACAACGUCGUCAGUCAUUCUUACCGGCAUCUCGAACUGGUCCGCAGCGAUUACCUGGAAAUCGCGAAAUGACAUUAAAAAUGACAUUAACACGACCGGACCUUCGAACUGAGUCUCCAACCUCAUCACCCUCCUCCGAGGAUCCCUUGCGACUUGCCGCUCUACCACCAGCCGAUCGGAACCAGCAUCUAUGGGAUGAUCUGGACGAUGAACAAAGCGUGGUAAAGAAAAUGUGGCGCAAGUUACGUCGCAGAGCAUGA